AUGAACCCUGGUCAACGUGUUUUCUGCGCCGAGCAGCGGCAACAGUCAAUCUGGAGGAUUGUACCAGCAACAACACCACUGGAGGAAUUGGCGCACCACUUGCUUCCUGUGAUUGGACGCAGCCAAUUCAGUUGUUACCGUUCCUGUCUCCAAGCAUUGCGCCUCAGGCCACAUGCUGUGAGCAACAUACUGGCCAUCAAUGCGUUCUUUACCAAUUACUAUACUGCCCUUCAAUCAACAUCGACGCAAAGUUCGACACUCUCAACUAUCGUGACAACAAGUGGAGACGCAAAGAUCAACUUGGGGGCUCUCUCGACAGCCUUUACUGCCGGGCUGCCAUUCUGGGGUACUGCUGCUGCAGGAGCUUCUAUGCAGCCAUCAACAAAUGUCUCAAAUCCAGCGAACAUAGCUAUUCAAGCCUUCACAAAAAGUCUGCGUCACGCGCCUGGGGUUAGCUCUGCAAUGUGGCCCUCAACCACGAACAGCACCCAACUCGCCGAGUGUCGCAAGCGAGCUUGCCGUCCGCAUCCGCCAUUAAUUCGAUUUCUGGAAGCAGGUCUCCAGCUGAUCAUGAGCGAUGUCCCAACAUUCAUCACAUUCGCUGGCGCCGGCCUCUUCUCCGGUGAGACUGGUAUUGAAAUAAUUCCCCCUAACGUCACCAAUCCUGACCAAUUCCCCCCCUCGACGCCGCGGCCAACACCUACGCUUUGUCUGAGGUUCUGUCAAAACACAACUUCACCGCAACAGCCCUCGCCACAUCUACUCUAG